UGGCCAGCGCCCCUUGAGCUGGAGGUAAGCGCGAGAGGGAGAAGGUGACGUUUCCAUUAAAGCAAGUCGCUGUGGGGAAAACGAAGGACGAAUGUGUUUAAUUUAAAACGCUUUUCAUCGAGCAUUUCGCGGUGUGAUUGUGUAAAAUCGCUCGCGACAGCUCAUUUCGAUUUAGAAGGCGGUUGCUGGACGUUAUUGGAGAGCGAGGGGGCGGGUGUCUCGCGCUCGUCUCGCGCAGCCUCACAUGCGCUCAUGAAACGAACACACGGACGAUCUACUUCCACAUUUAUCGCUUAUUUUCGGGACUCUCGGGAUAAACCACACUGGAAUCGAUGCGAGGCCCUCUAACGGAUAUUCACCGCUUAUAAUACGUUGUUCAAUUGUAGACGUUAUUUUGCUCCCCGGCUCAGUCCAGCGUUCGUUCGUUGGAUUCGAUAUGAAUUCCAGUCCGCUUCCGAACGGCAGACUGCUACCGGACAGCCAGAGCUGGAACUCCUCCGGUUCCGACGAGGACCUGGACGCCGAACCGGCACUCGGACCACAAGGGGUGGUGGAAUUCAGCGGUGUGCUCAGUAAGUGGACAAACUACAUUCACGGCUGGCAGGACCGCUGGGUCGUCCUGAAGAACAACACCUUGAGCUACUACAAAUCCCAGGAUGAGCGGGAAUAUGGCUGCCGUGGUUCCCUCUGCCUCAGCAAGGCUGUCAUCACACCUCAUGAGUUUGAUGAGUGUCGAUUGGACAUCAGCGUCAAUGACAGCGUGUGGUACCUCCGGGCUCAGGACCCAGAACAUCGGAACCAAUGGAUCGAUUCCAUCGAGCUGCACAGGGUGAGCACUCCUAAAACACCUGCCUUUACCCAGCAUGCAGCGGUCUCUAUCAGAAUGGGCUCGGAGUGGGCUGAAUCUGGUUAUGGUUCUGAGUCCAGUUUGAGGAGACAUGGGUCCAUGCUCUCCCUCACAUCUGCCACCAGCGGAUACUCUGCCACCUCUACUUCCUCCUUUAAGAAGGGUCACAGUCUGCGGGAGAAGCUGUCGGAGAUGGAGACGUUUCGUGACAUCCUGUGCAGGCAGGUGGACACACUGCAGAAAUACUUUGACGGCUGCUCUGAUGCAGUGACUAAAGAUGAGCUCCAGAGAGACAAGAUUGUGGAAGAUGAUGAAGAUGACUUCCCUACCACUCGCUCCGAUGGAGAAUUCCUGCACAACAACAACGGCAGCAAAGAGAAAUUGUUCCAGUGUCUGAUUCAUAAAGGUAUUAAUGGGAUCGACUUUAAAGGAGAGGCCAUCACAUUCAAGGCGACCACUGCGGGGAUCUUGGCCACUCUCUCUCACUGCAUCGACCUGAUGGUGAAGAGAGAGGACAGCUGGCAGAAGAGACUGGAUAAGGAGAUGGAGAAGAGGAGGAGGGUGGAGGAAGCGUAUAAAUCAGCCCUGUCUGAACUCAAGAAGAAGUCACAUUUCGGAGGGCCAGAUUAUGAGGAGGGUCCAAACAGUCUGAUCAAUGAGGAUGAGUUCUUUGAUGCAGUGGAGGCCGCUCUGGACAGACAAGACAAAAUAGAAGAACAGUGUGAUAAGAGCAGGCUACAGAGAAGCAACUCAGUGCCUUCAGGCGACGCCUACUCCACGGUGGGCUCUCACCGAUUCGCCGAAAAACUCCCCUCUCCUCCCUCCUCUCCCUCAUCUUCUGCCGUUGUCUUCACUCCCUCCCUCCAUGAGCACAAAUUCAGUGCCGAGGUGGAGGAGAUGGUUCGCAGUCACAUGACCUACUCCCUGCAGGAUGUGGGUGGAGAUGCUAACUGGCAGCUUGUGGUGGAGGAGGGAGAGAUGAAGGUGUACAGGAGAGAGGUGGAGGAGAACGGAAUCGUGCUGGACCCUCUGAAGGCCACACACUCUGUCAAAGGGGUCACGGGUCAUGAAGUCUGCCACUACUUCUGGGACACGGACGUCCGUAACGACUGGGAGACUACCGUUGAAAACUUCAACACUGUGGAAACGUUGUCUGAUAACGCUAUUAUCAUCUACCAGACUCACAAGAGGGUGUGGCCAGCGUCUCAGAGAGAUGUCUUGUAUUUGUCUGCCAUUCGAAAGUUAAUUGCCAAUAACGAAAACGAUCCCGAUACAUGGAUCGUCUGCAACUUCUCUGUCGACCAUGAAAAUGCCCAGCCAAACAACAGGUGCGUUCGUGCUAAAAUCAACAUUGCGAUGAUCUGUCAGACGCUGGUCAGUCCACCAGAGGGAGACAAAGACAUCAGCAGAGACAACAUCCUGUGCAAAAUCACAUACGUUGCCAACGUGAAUCCUGGUGGCUGGGCUCCUGCAUCUGUCCUAAGAGCCGUCGCUAAGAGAGAAUAUCCCAAAUUCCUCAAGCGCUUCACUUCCUACGUCCAGGAGAAAACUGCCAGAAAGCCCAUCCUCUUCUGAGCAGCAGUUCCCCAGUUCUGCCAUCAGUGUGCCUACAGUUCCCGCACACUCCUCUAACUACAGCACCCUCAUGACACAGACGUCUCGCGGCGUCCCCUUUUCCAGACUGUUCCGAACGCAGCAGCCACCGAAAACAUUCGUAGCGGCUCACAUCUUUACACGCUUGAUGCAGUUCUGUAGCGCCACCUUAACUCACGCCAGCAGAGGACUAGUGAUGCCUAACGUCAAUGUCUGUUCCAAUGUCUGUCUGGCAGAUAUAUAUAUAUGUGUGUGUGUAUAUAGAUAUAUAUGUAAGUAUGUAUGUAAGUGAGAGAGGAAGUUUAUAUAAUAGAGAGUUUUGAAGCUCAUAAAACGAGACUGGAUCUAUUUAAGUUCUGAUUUGUGUUUCAUUUUCUGCUUUUUUUUCAUAUGAUUAUAAAAAUAAGUUCAGCGUCACCCGAUUCUAGGAUCGAUAUGGCCGCGUUUUUUUUUUUUUUGUGUGUUCUGAAUUUGAAGGCAUUUUUGUCAAUGAACUUAAGGGCUUCCGUUGACUGUCGUCUCAGUUUGUCUCUUUUGUGAAGCCCAGCGGCGCUGACGAAGAGAUGAUAUGAAAGUAAAACAAUUUUGCUUAGAAUUUCUUAAUUCAUCAAAUCGAAUUAGUUUUUUUAGUCGUGUCCGUGUCUCGUCAACGGACAUAAUGUAGCACAAUUCAAGAUUGAUCGUGACGGGGGAAUUUUAAAAUGCGUCCGCUGUUGCGUCACAUGUACGUGACGUACGUCAGUCGAUGCUUUUACCUGACUAAUCCAGCUCCAUAUGCCUUAGAGAGGGUGAGAUUGGCAUGAGUGUGUGUUUGUGUCGGACAAAAAAGAGGUGUGUAAAUACUUAAAAAAAUAAUAAUAAUAAUAAAAAUAAAAAAAAGUGCCUCAUUGAUCUGGUACAACCGAAAUCUUGCUGAUAUGUGUUCAUUUGUCCAAACUACAGACUGAAACGCAUCCGCAGUCCUUUAAUGUUUAUACAAUGAUCAUUUCACAUUGAUUUCAUACCUCUUGUGAUUAUUUAAAUGUGAUUUUACAUUCAGCGAAGGAGAGAUUGUGUCAUCAGUACAUCGUUUUCUCAUUGGAGAAACCUGGUGUCAAUCAAAACGUUUGUCCAAUAGAGAGACGAGGUUCAAAUUCGGGGGCGUAGAUCAUAGGUGGAUCGUUUAUUUGUCUUGAUCGAAUUUAUUCUUUAAAAGUAAAAUAAAUCGUUGAUGUUCACAAACACUCUUACAUGGCACAAGCUAAACUUUACACUAUUGUAUCGUACAAAACGACAAGAGCUUUUAAAAGUGCUGAAUUAUUUAUUUUUUUGCUGAAAUUUUCAAAUUGAAAAAACCGAAGAGAUUUUGUCCUUGGCUUUUUCCUCAUUAUAGACUGUUAAAAACCGUAUAGUGGCUGACAGCGACCCCUCACGGUAGCCAAGCGUAGCAGAGGUGCACAACCGCGAGAUCUGAUUAUUUACAGUCGCUUCGAAACGUUUUAAACAUUUCAAACGCUCUGACUGAACAGAAUGUACACCAACGUGAAACCGUCAAACGUAUCCAGAUUACACCCCGCCCCCAUCAGGGUAGUCGUUUGCUGAUUGGAGGGUUUCUCCGUGAAACGGCCAAUCAGGAAAGGAGUUCUGCACCUCUGAACUGCGCGAGUGAGCUUGUGUCGCUUUUAAACGGUCGUGUGUGUUAUUAGUUGCGUUUGCACUGAAUGUAAUGUCACUGAGGUUCAGAUGUUUUGUGUACAUUAAGUGUCACACUAUAAAGGUGUCUGGAUGAAAAUGUACUGUAAAUAGAGGGCACAUCUACAGCCCUGUUUUAGAGAGUAAUAAAAUGAUUGACAUCUUUCUGCAUCUCUGACUGCGUCUCUUUUUAAAAUAUCAAUUUAUUCCAUUUGUUUAUGCAGUUAUAGAUUGUCUCUAUAUGUGAUAUAUCCAGUUACUCUCACAAUUUCUGCAUUAUAAAUGUUGUGUUUUUGUGCACACAGUAGCAUGUACGCAUGGAACACCAAUUAGAGGUCAACCGCUGGAGAUGAGAUGUAAACAAUCACAGACACCUCAUUGGGAUUUGCUGUGUGUGUAUAUAUAUAUAUAUUAGGGAUAGACCGAUAUAUCGGCUCAUAUUUGGCCGUUUUGUGUUCGCGUGGCCUAUUAACAAAAGUGUUUAACUUUCCCUAGUGUGAGAUCCAAUAUUUUUGCCAAUGGACAGUCAAACACUUUCCAUUUUCAAGU